AAAUCUCGUAACGAUAAUAUAACUAUAAUAUAAUGUACCAGUAAACAAUAUUGUAAAAAAACAUUAAAAAUUAAAUUUAUUUCAAUUUGUGAAUUUUAAAACCAUUGUUAUACAGUGUUCCAGUGAAAAUGUGAAAUUAGUUAUAUUGUUAUUAUCGCAUGGAAAUAAACUUUAAUACACAAUAAAAGCAGACAGAAUCAAGGCAACAAAUUAUGUGGUUGAAGAUAAAAUCCGAAGAUAUUUGUAUGAGUUCCUUCAAAGUGCUGGGUUCAUAUAAGACGAUUUUCCGGUAGAGUACAAAGUAUAUCAAGUAAAAUGGCGGAAAGCAGGUUCUCAGUUUCGACGGUAGAGUCGGAAUCUAAAAAAAAUGGUAUACACAUGGGAGCGAGCAUCAUCUCUCGACCCCUACGUACUUCAGUGGAGAUGGUGGAGAGAGGUGAUCCCAAUCCUCAACCAGAUACUUGGCUUCAUGAUGCUGGCUGGAGACGAAAGAGAUCUCUUGCGCAACUAACGAGGGAAGCCUUACCAAGGAUGGAAAACUACAGAAAUUCUAAAAGAGCUCUGAAACGACCGAGCUUAGGAGAGUUGCACGGAGAUCAUUUGAUUACUGAGGAGGAUGAAAAACAGCCCCAAAGGGACACAAAAUCGCCGACUCCAGCUGGUGGAAUAAAACUAGGAUGGAUUCAAGGAGUGUUAAUACCAUGCUUACUGAACAUAUGGGGAGUGAUGCUGUUCUUGCGUAUAUCCUGGGUAGUGGCACAAGCAGGAAUCGGUCUUACUCUAGUCAUCAUCGGAGUUUCUGCAAUUGUGUGCGUCAUCACAACUCUAUCAAUGAGUGCUAUUUGUACGAAUGGAGAGGUGAAAGGAGGUGGUAUCUAUUAUAUCAUAUCCAGAUCCCUUGGCCCAGAAUUUGGAGCCUCCGUUGGUAUAAUUUUUGCAUUCGCAAACGCUGUAGCAGCUAGUAUGAACACAAUUGGUUUUUGUGACUCUUUAAACGAUUUGCUCCUGAAUCAAGGAGUGAAGAUCAUAGACAACAGUGUAAAUGACGUCAGAAUAGUAGGAACCGUGGCGCUCAUUGUAAUGUGUAUCAUAUGCGCGGUCGGGAUGGAUUGGGAAAGUAAGGCGCAGAAUUUUCUAAUAGCCAUCAUUGUUGGAGCCAUGGUUGAUUUCGUAGUGGGCACACUGAUGGGACCGAGAGAUAUGGGCGAAAUCGCUAACGGAUUUGUUGGCCUUUCAGCGGAAACGUUGAAGCAAAAUUUCAAACCGAACUUCCGCUACAGCGAGGGCCUCGACCACAACUUUUUCAGCGUGUUCGCUAUUUUCUUUCCUUCUGUCACUGGAAUUCAAGCUGGCGCUAACAUCUCUGGAGAUCUUAAGGAUCCAGCAUCGGCUAUUCCAAAGGGGACUCUCCUAUCGUUAUUGAUAUCAAUGGUGAGCUACGCGCUCAUGGUGCUGUUUGCUGGAGGAGGAGCUUUAAGGGACGCCAGCGGCAAUGUUACUGAUCUGUUACUUAUAAACAAUACUCCUGUAGACUUCAGUGGCGUUUCUCAAUGCCUAAAUACUACUACGGGUUGUAAAUACGGACUUCAUAACAGUUACUCUGUAAUGCAGUUGAUGUCAGCGUGGGGUCCCUUUAUUUAUGCCGGCUGCUGGGCCGCGACAUUGUCGACGGCGCUGACCAACCUGCUGUCUGUGCCGCGCCUGAUCCAGGCGCUGGGUGUGGAUCGCAUUUACCCCGGGCUUAUAUUCUUCUCUAAGCCCUACGGCAAGCACGGCGAACCCUACCGCGGAUACGUACUCACGUUCUUCGUUUCGCUCAUGUUCUUGCUGAUAGCGGACUUGAACACGAUCGCGCCACUCAUUUCUAACUUCUACUUAGCGUCGUAUGCGCUCAUUAACUUCUGCACGUUUCACGCUGCGCUUGUACGUCCUUUAGGCUGGCGCCCAACCUUUAGAUAUUACAACGUGUGGGUGUCGAUGCUCGGGUUCCUGUUGUGUAUUGGCAUCAUGCUGCUCAUUAGCUGGAUUAUGUCGCUGGUCACCUUCGCAAUCUUCUUUACUCUUUAUCUCAUCGUGCAUUAUCGGAAACCCGAUGUAAACUGGGGCAGUAGUACUCAAGCGCAAAUGUACAAAACGGCGCUCUCCAGUGCUCACAACCUGGCGAAGACGGGAGAACAUGUAAAAAACUACUGGCCGCAACUUCUGGUAUUAGCUGGAAAGCCCCAGGACAGACCAGCACUCGUGGAUCUUGGCAAUCUCAUCACGAAGUCUGGAUCGCUUAUGAUCGUGGGCGAUAUAUCACAACAAAAAUUAUCAUACAAGGAACGCGCACAUCGCUCGCGCUCCGGCGACGAGUGGCUGCGCGGUAGGAAGGUUCGCGCCUUUUGCGCCGGCGUACACGGCUUCAGCUUCGAAUGCGGCGCGCGCGCGCUCAUGCAGGCCGCGGGCGUGGGCCGGCUCGCGCCCAACGUGCUGCUGAUGGGCUACAAGGCCGACUGGGCGUCGGCGCCGCCUGCCGACCUGGAAUCCUACUUUAACGUGCUGCACACGGCAUUUGAAACGCGACUGGCGGUAGGCAUCGUGCGCGUGUCGGGUGGAUUGGAUUUCAGCGCGGUCGCCGGCGCUGAAGAGCCAAACAGUGGGCUAACGGCUGCCUCCAGCAGUGGAGACCUGCGCGUUCGCGCACCAAUCAUGCACGCUGAUUCCGAUCUAGACAUACGUGCGGACUCACAACCCUCCAGCAGACACAACCUCAAUCUGUUGACGUUAACGACAUCGCGUUCAUUCACGAUAUCCGAGAAAAGUGACAUAAAGGACAAAAAGAAAGACAAGAAAGGAAUUGAUAUUCACCGACAAGUAGUUUACAAAUCGGCGUCGGGCAUCGAGCUAUCUAUGGAGCAGCUAUCUCACAUGACAAUAUUUAAAAGGAAACAGGAGUCGGGUACGAUCGACGUUUGGUGGCUGUACGACGACGGCGGACUGACCAUGCUGCUGCCGUACAUCAUCUCGCAGCGCUCGGCGUGGGCGCACUGCAAGCUGCGCAUCUUCGCGCUCGCCAACCGACACCACGAGCUCGAGCUGGAAGAGCGGAAUAUGGCGAAUCUGCUGGCCAAAUUCCGGAUCGACUAUUCAUCGCUGACAAUGGUACAGGACAUCACAGAACUGCCACAGCCGGACACGAAGAAGACCUUCGAGGAACUUAUUAAGAAAUUCACAGACGAUACAGGAGUAUUUUAUUGCUCCAUAGAGUGCAAGAUCAGUCCUACCGAGCUGACAACGCUGUCGGAGAAGACGAACCGUCAGCUGCGACUGCGAGAGCUGUUGCUCGCUAACUCGUCCGAAGCGCGCCUCGUUGUCAUGUCGCUGCCCAUGCCGCGCAAGGGUUCGGUGUCGGCUCCACUGUACAUGUCGUGGCUGGAAGUGCUGAGUCGCGACCUGCCGCCAGUGAUGUUCGUGCGCGGCAACCACACCUCCGUGCUCACCUUCUACUCUUAGGUUUUACCCUUGCUGGCUCUACACAUAAGGAUGCUUAAUCUUAACUGAUAAGUGUUAUCUAUCCUACUGUUUAACUACCGCCUAAUUUCUACUGAAUAUAUAUUAUAUAAAAGAUUGCUGCUAACCAGGUACGAGAAUAUCAUCUUUCAUCAACUCGUUCUUUUUAUGUAAUGAAACAAAUUUCCUGGAUGUAAGCAGUGGCGUAACUAAACUUUUUGGGCCCCAAAGCAAAAUAAUGGAAAUGUCCUCCCUUUGCCUAUUAUGAAAACGAAUGUUUAACGAGAAGGUUGCUAGUCGGCAGUAGACGCAUGAAACCUGGGUUCUAUUAUAAGUGAAUUAAAUCUGUAAUUGCAAAUUUUAACUACAAGAAAUAAAAUCUGAAUAUUCAUCCUCGAAAAAAAAGUAUUGGAAGAAAAUGAUCGUUUGUGCAGAGUCAUAGCUACGCCACUGCGUAUAAUGGCAACAUCCAUUAAAAGUUACUUAAUAUAGGUAUUUAGGUAUAUGAAAUCCAAUAAGAAUAAGUGUUGACAUAAUUUAAGUCUGUGACUAUAUUCUAGUUUGUUCAAUUAAUCAAAUCAAUCGUGUUACAUAAAGUAUAUUAUUAGAAAAUAUGAUACUUUAUUUCUAUAAUCGUUUGUCUAGAUCUAAGAUCUAGACAAACGAUUAUAGAAAUAUAAAACGAUUAUAGAAUAUAGAAAUUUAAUUUUAGAUUACCUUGUGAUGUGUAAUGUAUACGUACAAACUCGUGUUUACUAAUAUAUGAGAGUACAAUGAAAAAGAUAUAAGUAUACAUUUAAAAAUUAUAUUUUUAAUCUUAUCAAAAGAUUUCUCGAUUAUUUGUUAAAUAUUUAAAGCGUCAUUUAUAACAUACUGACAAAUAAAUAUUAAAAUAAAACCAUAGUAAUAAAUAUAAGUAAACUACAAGUACUUAUUAAGUAAUGCAGCAUUUUGUUAUUUUAUAAUAAUACGUUUAAAAUAAACUCGUUUUAAUAUUACGUGUAAGUAUUAGCACAACAACUACGACCCUUUAUAAACCAAAGUGUAUAUUUAAUUAAUGAAAUAGAACAAAUAAAUAGAUUUAUACAAGUUAUAUUCUUCAUGUAGUGUAUUCAAUGAAUAAUAGAAUAUGAAUUAUCUGAUCAAUGAUCUUUGCUGACUAAAGACUCGCUGGAAUUCUAAAUCAAAACAAUCAAAUGAUUGAUCCACAUCAAAUGGUAAAUAAAAAACAGUGAAAAUUAAUUCCUUACUUUCCACCGUUUUCACAACUAUGAUUUAUUUCGUUACUUUAUAAUUUUUGUUCCACUUAUAGUCAUAUACCCAAUAGUUUAUAUCUAGACAGCGCAAUUCAAAAAUGUGGCAUAUUGAAUGAGCGCCAUCUAUCGCUAUCGGGUUGUAACGUACGCCAUUAUACAAACAUAUAUGGUAAAUAAUAAAUGUAUUUAUUUUAAUUCAUCCUAACAUUCAUAUUUCCGAUUAUAUUUGUUAAGUACGUAGAAAUACAAUAUUGAUAUGAUUUUUCUUAUGUUACAAAAUACUUGCGCUGUAAGUAAUCAAUAGUUUGUUAUAUAUUUUUAAAUAUUGACACGUAAAUAAAAUAUGUUAAAUGGUGUUUAAGAUAUAUUCUUAUAUAUAAAAAAUGAUCAUUCAACAACAUUAAUCACCAAAAUAAGAUUUUAAUAUAUAUAUUUUAUACUACACUAUAUAUUUUUGA